UAAAAGGGAAUGCAAAUCUCUCUCCCUCUCUCUCUCUCUCUCUCAUAAUCUGGAGCUUUAUUUCUUCCUUUCCUUCUUCUGUUUGGGUUCUCUCUUACAAUGACCUGUUGAUUUGACCUUCUAUGUCUCAAGCCAACAACAAGAAGCGCUCAGUCUACAACACUACCACCAGCAGCAGUUCCGGCGGCGGCGCUAAUUUUCUGGCGAUGAAAAAGGCCAAGUCUCAGGCCGUCGCUUGUUCUCUCGACAAUAAAAACGGCCUCCAACACCACCAACACUCUUCCUCCAUGAUCCAAGAUUCCAACGACCCAAACGACGUCAUCGACCCCGCCGCCGCUGGACUCGGCCGCUCCGCCACCAAUUUGUCCCGCAAGAAGGCCACGCCGCCUCAGCCUGCGAAGAAGCUCGUCAUCAAGCUCCUCAAAG